AUGAAGGUCACAGUUCAAGAGUACGUCGAUGCUUGGAAGCUAAAACAAGCCGCUCUUCGCGAGCGUUCUAUUAAAGAUACUCCUCAAGAUUAUCAACUGGCACUCUACGAUCUUGUCUAUAUCAGCGAGUGUGCCGAUCAUUCUCUUGGUGGUCAUCUAUCCCUCAAAUGGCGAGGGCCUCUAACGAUUGCUAAGCUAUGCGGUACAUCUAUGGUUUAUCUCUUUGACGGUAUUGUACUACCAUCUGACUAUGGCGGUAAUCUAAAGGUCUCUGAUGAUAAGACUACUCUAGAAGGUGGCCCUGGGGUCUCUUCUCUCAUCUACGCCUCCGUCAAGAACCUGGUACCCGCACGUGCUCUACAAUCUCUAAUCUAUGAUCACUAUGAAAAAGGCCUAAGAGUUUAUCAAGACAUGGAAGGUAACUUCGAUACUUUCCCCGCUAGCGACGAGUCGGACAACGAUCUUCUAGUAACCAUCAACAUCGACAAGAAGACUCUACCAUUUUGCCUGGUUGUGAAGAUGUCCCUCUAG